GUCAUCAUCGGGAAAGGCAAUAUGGCACGGAAUAUAUUGUGCAGGGCUGGGGAUCUCUUACAGCUUAACAAACUAACUCUUCUCACUGGUGCCCGGUUGUGCACACAGGCUAAAACAGAACCGCUGACUUUGAGGCAACAAAACAAUGGAAUAAGGAGAAUCAUACUGAACAACCCCCGAAAGAGGAAUGCACUCUCCCUGUCCAUGUUGCAAUCCCUAAGAAAUGACAUUCUCAUCGAUGCAAAUAGUGACGAACUCAGAGUUAUUAUCAUAUCUGCAAAUGGUCCAGUGUUUUCUUCGGGACAUGACCUGAAGGAGCUGACCUCGCUGCAGGGCAGAGAAUACCACACGCAGGUGUUUCUAGCAUGCUCAGAGGUCAUGACUCUGAUCCAGGACAUACCUGUACCUGUGAUCGCCAUGGUGAACGGCGUUGCCACGGCAGCUGGCUGCCAGCUUGUCGCCAGCUGUGAUAUUGCCAUCGUGACAGAGAAAUCCACCUUUGCCACCCCUGGUGUCAACGUGGGACUCUUUUGCUCUACUCCGGCUGUGGCUAUUGGCCGAGCAGUGCCCAGGAAGGUUGCCAUGGAGAUGCUGUUCACAGGCACCCCCAUCUCGGCCCGUGAUGCCUUGCUCCACGGCCUGGUCAGCAAGGUGGUCCCGGAGGAGCGUCUGGAGGAGGAGACACUGGCCGUCGCCCAGCGCAUCUGCCAGGCUAGCCAGCCCGUGGUAGCCCUCGGCAAGGCCACCUUUCACAGGCAAAUGGCGCAGGGUCGAGACGCGGCCUACGCCACCGCCUCCAAGGUCAUGGUGGACAACCUGGCCCUGCGGGACGGGCAGGAGGGCAUCCGGGCCUUCAUAGAGAAACGCAAGCCCGUCUGGAACCAUGCGGCGGAAAAGGCCCACGAGUGACCCAGCAGAGGCUGGACUGUUUGUACCGAUGUAGUGUACCAGUGUUGAAUCCAGUAUUGUCGAUUAAGUAUUUUAAUGACUUUUCCAGAGGAAGAGAACAAGUUGGUGUAAUUCAACCUUGAAAGUGUUUGUUGUGCAUUUAGCUCAACGGUUGGCGGAUGCUAACUGAGUGAACCUUCAAUAGGGUUUUGGCGGGAAUAAUUGAAUUCACAGGUUUAAUUUAUUUCAGAAUGAAUUGCUGUCGCUCAAUGUUUUUUUUUUUUUGGCCAAAGGGGAAUGAAUGUGAUCAGUAUUUGUAUGAACGGUGAGGAGGAGGUCUUUACUGUCAAGAUUUUGGACGAUACGUGAGGUUUGCAAGGGUACUGGUGACGGCCUGCUGCACCACACUAUACUUUAAGUAUUUGGUGGUUUAAAUGGCUCUUGAUAUCGGAACCGACGAGAGUAACGAUGCCUAUGUCUAACACUGGGUUUGACUUGAGGUCUGUUUUGAGUAAAGAAAUCUUGUGUUUGGAUCACAUUACCACUCAUAAUGAGGCAUGAUCAUAGUUGUUAAUUUCAACUGACAUACAGCAUUUAAUGCUAAUAAAGAGGCCUCCGUUUAACCUCUUGGUGGGCCGUCACAAAUAUAAGAUAAAAUGUCACUGCCUGGAACUGACUUGAUUGAAUGAUUAAACAAUGAUUUGCAGA